UCCAUGAUUCUUCUACCCUCCGCUGGAUUACCUCAGCAUUGUUCUCUUGGCACACUUCGGCACACUCGCUGUUGGUACAUACUAUCAUUUAUCGGACAUGUGUGGAUUGUUUCGAUCACACAGUUUGCUUGUUGCUUUACCUUAGCUCAUGUCUGGCCACAAGAUUUCCCGACCAGAGGUGUUGUUGUUACGCUGCGGGCCUGCCGACUGGAUCAAGGCAAAUGUCCCACUAUGCCAACGUAGCGUUGUUAGCAUAGCGACUGGCUAAGCUAACGUUAACGGCUAGCUGCUUGAUAUUAGCCGCCGUCUUUUGUACAGUAAACGUUACUUUGUAUGUUUGUAAAUAUAUGGUACCCGUUAGCUUGUUCUGUUCACAUUUCCUUAUUACAAGUUCAGCAUAAACUGAGCCUGUUAAAGUACGACAAACCCUCUGGUAACCUUUUAAGUAGACGUUGUAUCUGGAGAGACUGUACGUUAACAGUUAGCGUCGAUUUAUGGGACCUCAAAGUUCCGUUAUGUUUGUCUUGCUCGCUGCUGAACUGGUUACAAGUGAAAAUGGAGAGCUAACUGUCGACAUGGCCUGAAAUACAGCGCUUCUGUUACUGUACAUGAGACAUGAGUGUGAUGUGAGGAGACACUGCUGCUGCUACUGAAAGCCGCUUCACUCUAAUGUGGUGACGACCUGGAUGGUGCCAUGUGAAUGACUGAAGACCAUGAAGCCCACACACAAGCUGCUGUUCGUCCUGUGCCCCAUGCUGGUCCUGGGCUUUAUUUACUACUCCUCCGGGAAGCUACAUCUACACGUAUGGGGCCAGAAGCCUCACAAUGAUGCUGAAGAGCCAACUGUAGUCCUGACUAAGGUGGCUGAAGUGAAAAGAAUUACAGAGCUGGAAACGGACAUCACCGUGGGACGAAUAGUAGGCUCAGUGUAUGAUAAGCAGGGCUUUCUGCUGCAGCUGGACACAAAACUGCCACCAGAGUUGGCAUACAAGUAUGGCAACCUCAGCGAAGGAGUAUGCAAGCAAGGAUAUGCAGCAGCCAAGAUGACCGCCAUCUAUCCAAAGUUCAUGAAACCAGCACCCAUGUUUCUUGAUCGGAACUUCAAACGUCUAGCAAAAGUCACCAAUUACUUACCUCCAUUUGGAUUCAAAACGCAAGAGAGAAUCAUAGACAGCAUUUUAACUGCCACGAAAAAUUACGGACUUGGAGAGGAUUUGGACAGUCUCAGCUGUAGAAGAUGCAUCAUCGUGGGCAAUGGGGGAAUCUUGUUUAACAAGUCCUUGGGUUCCCGUAUAGAUGAUUACGAUGUCGUAGUAAGGUUGAAUGAAGCACCAGUGAGCGGUUAUAGCCGAGACGUGGGGACCAAAACCACCAUGAGGAUUACAUAUCCAGAGGGAGCCAUCCAGAAGCCAGACAACUAUGAAAAAGACUCACUUUUUGUGUUUUCUGCUUUCAAACCGCUGGAUUUUAAGUGGCUCAGACAGAUGGUCUUCAAGGAGAAACUGAGGGGUAUAGAGGGAUUUUGGAAGUCAGUGGCUCACUAUGUGCCUCGGGAGCCCACAGAGAUGAGAAUCCUCAAUCCCUACUUCAUCCAGGAGGCUGCCUUCCAGUUCAUAGGCCUGCCCUUCAACAAUGGCCUCAUGGGCAAAGGGAACAUUCCAACUUUGGGAACAGUUGCUAUAACAAUGGCACUCCAUAACUGUGAUGAGGUGGCGGUGGCUGGUUUCGGCUACGACAUGAACACGCCCCACGCACCUCUGCACUAUUACGAGACAGUCAAGAUGUCCGCCAUUAAAGAGUCAUGGACCCACAACAUAUCCAAGGAGAAGGAGUUCCUCCGCAAGCUGGUGAAGGCCAACAUCAUCACAGACCUGACCAACGGCAUCUGAGUUUACACCCAGCCACAGUCUCCUUCUGCCUUUCCCAAAGGACUACAAAACAGGAAACUGAGAAAUGGAUCGACUCUGGGAGAAAGAACCCUUAGAAUCCGGGUGGCCUGCACACCGUCUGGGUUUUUCAUAUCAAAGGAGAUUAUUUAAAAGCGAAGAAAAAAAAAACAGAUACAGGAGGGUUUCUGUGGAGAGAUGCACACAUGUGCCUUCUGAACCAAAGACUCCUGCUGAUUGAAGCAGGGAGCGGAGGGGGGUGGACAUGGGGAGGACUGGAUCUGCCCGGUUCCUGUCUUCUUAUCAAGAGGCAGAAAAAGCUCUGCCGGCCUCACGCUUCAACGUUUACCACUUCGACCCCUGGGGGAAUCACACGAAUGAAUUGUAAAGAGCAGAGGUGACACGUUGACGUACAGAUUGUCAGGAUUUAGCUUGACGAACCUGAUGGAGAGACAGAAGAGAGAGGAGUGAACUGUAACAGAGAGCGUGCAGGGAUGGGUUGAGUAUUAGCAGUGCCAAACGUACCUCGUACAGGGGAGAGGGCGUCCUCCUCCUUUUGCUGCCUGAAUGUAUUUACUUUCCUCAGUGUAAAUAUCAAAGAUUUUUACUGUGCUUUUUAACAAGCUGCAGCAGCCCCCCUGACCCCCGACCCCUCCACACACCAUUUGUUCAUUCAUUCAUUCAUUCACUUUUUUACUGCCUGUCCAGGGUCCAAAAUUAACACUUUCCAAGCCAGUGAGAUAAAUCAGCGAGGGUCACCUGCCACACAGACUGCUGUCACUUUGACACAGUCGAGUGUUUUAGUAUUAAACAGAAGAGUUUUUCAGUUUUCUCUGUAAAGUCUUUGUAAGGGAAUUAUAUAAGUGACUCAGUAAAGAGUGGCCUCGUAUCAGAUGAGAGGUCACUGAAAAGAUUAACCCAAAUAACAUUCUCUACACCAGACAUUGGAAGUACAUAGAAGGAAAGCUACAUAUUGAUUAUUUUAUUUUAGGAUGAUUUGUUUUUAGUUUCCAAGCUCUGGCAGGUGAGCCCAAAAGUAAAAAUUCAGACACUUCAUCUCUCUCUUCCACGUCUCUGUCUCUUUGUAAAUCCCUCUUCUUCUUGGCUCAUUCGUGUCACGGUACUGUCUCCAUCACUUCAUCAGCUGCGAAGCCUCGAGGCUGCAGCAGACAUACAGUAACAUGUCUUGUCUUGGUGAAGGAGAGCAGACUCUGUCUGUCCGUUCCCUCCUCCAACCUCCAGUUGCUGCAGAUUUUUUUUUGUUCUUCAGUAAAUGGUGAAAUCUCGGAUUGUAGAAUAUAAAUAUAUAUAUAUUUUUGUUUUUUAGGUUCAUUUUAAUUAUUUAUUUUUUAUUGUUUCUAAGUCCCAAUGUUUUUGGUCACAGGCAGGCCUGCUUUCUGUUUUCGUUCGGAAAAAAACGCAGAAUUUUUUGAAUUUGCGUUCCUUUUCCGAUUUCACCACCGUGUGUUUCCUCAGAGACUGCAUCAUCUCUUAAGUUUGUGGCAGAAGCAGUGUUGUGAUUAAGCCAAAUAAAAUCCAAUUCAUCAGUGCAUUCAGUAAUAAAUGUUCUUAGACAGCAGCCCUUUAUUUCUGUGCUUUAUACAGCUUAAGUUAACAGUGGACACAUAAUAGCAGAUUUAUUUAAAUUAAGAGAACUUAUUAGGUUAUAAUUGCUGGGCUCGAUCUCAAAUUAACAUCACAUGUGCUGAUCAGGCCUCUGAAGGUUCUGCCACACAUGUUUCAGUAUUUCAACACUGCAUGAACAUAGGAAGAGUUCAGUAUUACACAAUCAAACCUUUAGGUUGUCUUUCUGCUUCCCCCCUUUAAAACCCCCCCCCACAAAAAAACGAUGUGAGAACGCCACAUCUGUUUUCCUUUUCGUCAUUAUAUCAACUGAAUGCGAUAAUCCUCUUUAUAUAGUGAUGGUGCAUUUAAAUACUGCUUUACCAAAGCAGGGGUUUGUUUUCUAGGUUUUUUGUCAAAUGACAAUUCAAUAUUUUCUGUUUCUACUUCUCCUUUGGAAGUGCAUAUUUACUGUACAUUGUACACACAGCAGAUUCACUUCCAUGACUCUCAAUCAGUAAGGUGCUGCAGAUGCACUGUUAUAUUGCUCCACACGUUCCUGUUCUUGAUUAGUUUUCACAAACACCGCGGGGAUCGUGCAGCAGCGUGUCCUACCCAGUCCCUUCGGAACAGCUCCACUGGGUUUGGAGGAAUGGAUCACUUUUUCGGAAACCAUAGGCCGCUUUGGGACUUUUACUGAGAGCAAAGGUACAGGGAACAGCUGACCAUUGCACUAUCACGAGGCGCGCUCAGUGCCUUACACCUCAUCACCUGGAAACUGUAGCGAGGAGUCUGACGUGGGAAAGUAACCGCAGCUGAUCCAGUAUGUAAGAUCAGCUUCGGGUCAGGACAGGUCACGUCUCAUUUCUCUGAUUUGGGACCAGUCCAUUUCAUAUCUGUGCUCUGUAUAUAUUAUAUACAGACCCAAAGCACCACACUGGUUGUUUUGUAGGUUUUAGCCCAUAACUACGUAUAUAAGCAGAUUUUAAAUGCAAAAUAUGACCAAAUUGACUUUUUCCUUCAUCCAUUGUUGGUCUUUACCAUUGUUAAUACUAUGGUUUUUGGCAGAAUCCUAUUAAAGAAGCAAGGCACUGAUUCUGCACAUAAAAGUGUGUUUACACGAAACACAAAGCAACUUUUUCACUUGGCAUGACGACAUAAGAUGGGCAAUGGGCAUAUAAUACAAAUUGUAUACAGUCAUGGAAAAAAUGAUUAGACCACCCUUGUUUUCUUUAAUUUCUUGUUAUUUUUAAUGCCUGGUACAACAAAAGCAUUUUCCAUGGCUUUCUUGAUAAUGAUUUUAGUUGUCAAGAAAAACAUGGAGAAUGUCUAGAUAUCAGCUCUUAAAUUAAACUCUUAUGAGCUAUUUUUGUUAUCAUUAUAUUUGUCCAAACAAAUGUACCUUUUAGUUUUACUAGGCAUUAAAAUUAACAUUCCAUGACUAUGUAUGUAAUUUGCACCACAGGAAUUCUAUGUGUGUGUGAGUUAAACAUUUUCAUUUAACUUGUCUUCUGAGGCUCUGGACGCUUUCUAAAGCCUGAGAAAAUGUAGAAUCUGGUGUUUUGUAGCCGGACUCAUACUAAGCACUAAAAGUCAGGGUGUCUUGCUCUCUGCUUCUGGGAGUUUGAUUUUAUUUCUUUUUCUAAUCCGACCCCUAUUCUCAUGGAAGUGCAAUGCCAAAUCACUGGAGUGCCUCUUUAAGGCUUGAAUGUUGGAACAUCCUUGAAAUGCAGGCAGAGUUCAGGUCCCUGCAGAGGUCCCCCACAGGGCCGUAUCACUAUAAUGUGACUUGACAAAAAACAUAAAGAAGACUGUCACAGAUUAUAUAUAGUAAACAGGUUAGAUGUAUAGCAUGCCGAAGUCAUUUGAAACCAGUGGCCGCUUGAACAGCAGAAAAAUCGAUCUAAAAUCUUAUCGUACCUUUUGGAAAAUGGUCAUUAAUAAAGUAAAAUAUGUGACGUCAACAGGCUAAAACACACCAAACCACCAGUCUGGUCUUUGAGACUAAACAGACCCUAAGUUGGAGUUUCUUUUUUUGUUUUUUUCUUUCUUCUUCUAGGUUUUGAAUUUGUACACAUGCUGGAGUAGUUCAAAUGGAUUGGACCCAAAUCGCCUCUUCUUCAUAACCUGCUCAUGUUAAAGCAGAAUGUAUUAGCUUCUAUCAAUCAUAUUUAUGAACUUUUUUUUUUUUUUACAUUUACAUUCACCAUCAUAAGGAAGUCAAAGUGAUCAAAGGUGUUACUGUUUGUUUUUUUAUAUACAGUUAUAAAUGGCUUUCUGCAACUCAAUAAAUAAGUUUGUAAUGGAUAUUUGCCUGUGCAUGUUUGCAUCUUUUAACUGAUUCUGUAGAGCAGCUGGAUAUAUUUUUCCUCAAACAGCUCAACUGUGUUUUGUUUUUUCUUC